UGACCUCUCCCAUGGUGUUUAUUUUAUGGGAAAAAAGGGAAAACGGGCCCUGUGGUUGAGGAAAACAGCGAGGCGGCGCGUGUGGUAUUUGGAAGAGCGCCUGGGCUCUGUUUCACCGGAGUGUGAUUCGUGGAAAACCUUCAGGCUCUCCUCUCAACAUGAAUCACUAUGCCACUAAGAAGAGCGUGGCGGAGAGCAUGCUGGACGUGGCUCUGCUGAUGGCCAACGCUUCUCAGCUGAAAGCAGUGCUGGAGCAGGGGCCUGACUUUAAGUACUACAUGACUGUGAUUGUGCUCAUCGCAGUCUCGCUCUUCUUCCAAGUGCUCGCUGGGGGUUUGUUUGUGUUCAUGGCACGUAAAGAUCUAAAUGAUGUUGCUAAUCAGAGGAAGCUGGACAUCAUCAACAACGUGGCUACCGGCCUAGUGUUCCUCACGGUCAUCAUCAACAUCUUCAUCACUGCGUUUGGUGUGCAGAAGACGGGCCUCUACCCUCAACAGUGAACUCGCUACAGGACAGAAACGCAUGACACUGACAUCCUUAUCAACAGUGAAUCCUGAAAGCCUGUGCAGUGUUCAGUCCAACCAAGCUUUUAUUGCAAAUAUGCUCAAUUUUGUUGAUUUACGUGCUGCAAAUUGUGUUUUAUUGGGCAUUAUAUUUAAAUUUCUUUAAACUGUCUAGCUUCUAGUACAUGCAUGUUUGUAGCAUUAUAUUUCUAUGUUAUAAUAUUAUUUUUCAACUACAGUUUGAAUAUCGCCAGUCAAAUUACAUGUUUUCUUGAUUUUCUAAGUGAAAAGUGAAGGUAACACAUCCUCUACAGAGAAAACACUUAAAUAUAGCAUUUUUCUGCAAAUUUAGUGCACAAGUUGCAUUUAUUUGUUGAGUUAUGUUGAAAAAAUAAAAUAUAAAUUAUAAAAUGUGCUGUAACUUUUGCACAGGCUACAUUUUGUGUUUUGUUAUUUUCCCAAUAUGUUAAAUUCAGCAAAUAAACAGUGUUAAAAUGUGCAGCAGUGUGUUCUAUGGAGAGGGUGUGUUAACUUACUUUCACCAAAGCUUAUCAUCUGCCUAAGGAAGCCCAAACUUUUGCAUAUGACUGUAUCUUCAAAAAAUGGAAACCAGGGUUUGGCUUCUUUUUUGCCUUGUUUGUUGUCAGUAAUAUCUUCUGUUUAAUACAUUCCAUAGCUGAAAUGUUUUCAGUUUAUUAAUCAGGUACAUUGUAACCCUUUAUUUAACUUUAUUCCUGAAAUGCAGUAAAUACUGCAUAAUACUGUGCUGUGUGGAGGCCUAGUAAUAGGAUGUGAUGAAUAAUCAAUAAUAAGAAUCAACAUUAAUAAAUUGAUUCUGACUACAAAACAUUCAAUAUUGAGAUUAAUAACUCGUGUAUGUGUGUUAGUGCAUCUUUCUACAUUUUUACAGUUAAAAAUAUUUAUCUUAACCUUAUAGGCAACACUAUUUACAAUAAUGAUUAAAUUAUUCAUUGUGGUGACUUUGCCACUGUAACACAGCAAAGCUAUACUUAUUAGUUACAGUUAUUAAAAAUAGACUUGAACUUGUAUCGGUACAGUUGUAUAUCAUAGACUCUUGCUGUAUGAUUCCAUUAUACAUUGUAGAUUAAUGGUUGCAGUUUUAGAGGGUUGUAUUCCAGUCAUUUCAUUUUAAUUUAAGUCAUAUAAUCAUGAACAUGCACCAGAGGCUCAUAACAUAGAAGUGUUUAUUGGUUUAUUAAAGAAACUUUCACCUCA